AUGGAGAAACAACAUGAGAGUAGCUCGAUGGCUAUGCGGCUAUACGCCACGUGGGACGUCGAUAGGGCGACACCGUCGACUGUACCGAGAAUCUUCAACGUGUCAAUCAAUCGAAUUCUGCUCGACUGCGUCUCUCCAGAAGUCAACUCGAUCAUCGUCACCGCGAAACUACCGCUCUCGAAACGGAGUCGAUAUUUGAGGAGUAACGAGAUCAAAGUGACACCCAAUCAUGGACGAAUCGAUUUGGAUUGUGACAUUUCGUUUUGUAUUCAAUAUCCGCACUUUUUGAAGCGAAAAUCGAAUGUUCUUCAAUUAUUGAUUCAACGGAGGAAAAAGUACAAGAAUCGAUUGCCCGGGGGACUCAGAGAUCUAGCCGUUGGAAAUAUUAAUCUCACUUAUAUAAUGCAACAAGGCGGUUUACGUGAGAUUCAGUUGAACCCGUCAUCGGAGAAUGAGGUCGAAUUGAAAGGAGUCGGUGCAUGCGCCGGAAAGCUCUUCCUCGCCUCAUGCUAUUCCCAAGCUCCCGAGAUCGUCGACGAUCGCGACAAACAGAAAAAGAACGUGGAGGAUUCAGAAGAGGAGACGGAGACGGAUUACGAUGACGUUGGCGAUGAUCUGAACGAGAUGCCAAGUGGGCGGAGCCAUCAGAGGCAUAAAACGUCGUCGGGGGCGGAGAUUGAAGGGACCCGUCGGACGAAGGGGAAGAAUCUGAAGUAUCAGAUGAACAAGUUGUUUAACAUGUUCCGUCCGGAAGACGGUCGCCGGCCAGGUGUCCAGGUGAAAGAGAUGCCGUGGGAGGACGAUGACCUGGAUUCUCCGUAUGAUUCUGGUCCGGAGAUGUUUAACGAUGACGCGUCGAUACGGAGUAAUCGGAGACCUCAAUUAGCACCGUUUUUUGAUCAAAAAGAGAAAAUUGAUCAUCUAGCGGCGAUGUACGAGGUUUCUGAUGGAGACGGUGAUUCUGAUCAGGAGAACACCCGAGGUGCUAAUCGCCUCAUCCAAAAAGACUCGAUAGGCUCCGCCCACCCUGAGAGCACUACACCAGUAAGGACCGCUGGAAUGAGAGUGAUGACGUCAUCGUUUGAUUCUCAUUCUCAGAUGAUACCCCAUUCAUCCACCCUGAAUUCCAUAAAGAAUGACCAAACCACUCCCGGUCCAUCGACCACGGCGGUCCAUCGAGGUGUCAGUCUAUCCGAACAACUCUCAGCCAUCCUUGGCACCAACAUGUCCCCUGAUGGGAGUGACGCCGUUUGGUUGUGUAAUUUGUCGGAAUGGCCGGCGUACGCGACGUUGGCCGGACCGGUACCACUGGUGAAUUGCCCGUCGUUCUCGCAAGUUCGGCAGACAUUGAGUCAUGUUAUUAAUCGGAUUCAGAAUUUCUGUCACAGUAACUCAUCGAAUCCGCCGCUCUCAAUCGUUGGCAUCAUUGGAACUGACAAGUUGUUCUCACAAGUCGUCAAAGCUUAUGUCGAGUGUCUCGCCCACAAAUCACUCGCCAAUCUCAUCAAUCAUUUGAGAUUUGUGGCGAUUCCGUCGACGAGUUCACUGUUUUAUAAGUUGAUUGAAGGAAUCGACCCCCAACUCGACAAUCUGUGUCGCGAUCUCUGGGACCGAUUCGGCGACAUGAAUCACUCUGAAAAAACGGGUCUCGCCGCGAAAAUCGCCGCAUGGCCCAACAGUGUCAGCUCAUCGAAACUGAAUCUCCCAAUCGGCGAAGCGAUGCUUCAGUUGACAGCCGACCGAGAUCCAGAAGGCGGUCGUGUCUUCCUCCCGUUUCUUUCAGAAGUUAGAGUUGGCAGUCUAAGACAGUGUGAAAUCAUCGAGAAUGACGACGAUUCGAAUGGAUUCGCACAGACGAUUGUGUCGUCGCCUAGGGAGGAGUCUGUAAUUUCGAAAAUCGAUGGAGGAUCGUCGCCUCCUCAUUCGCCACAGCUUAGGAAUGUGGAUGGCCAGGAGCUUAAUAUGGAUUUCUGGCCGAAUAAUCAACCUACAGUACCCCUACAGUACUCCUCCUAUGGCCCUCCCGAACCGUCCACAUCUUCCUCGACGGUCACGACACCUAACUCGAAAAAAGACACGGCGAAAGUCACUAUUAAAGCACAUUUUAAGACACUUUUAGUGUCGAGAUCUCCUAGUUCUGGGUCGCUCAGUCUAACUUAUCUGAAAGAGAAACGAAAAGAUAAGAUGCUUCAAAAGUUGGGAAUGAAGAAGGGGCAGAAGCAGAAGCCCGAGGAGGGGGCGGUACCGUCACAAGUGUCGUCGAUUGGACGAAUGUUGUGUAGUGCGACGGGAAAACAUAAUGAGUUGACUGGUGAGAAAUUGGAAAACUAG